AGAUUGUUUGUAUUUCUUAACGUGUAAAUUCAAAUGGGGUUUAAAAACCGACAAAACAAAUAAAACCUUGAGAAAAUCAAAGAAAGAAAAGUGAUUUGUCCAAAACAUCUUGUCUCAAUAAUAUUUAUUUUAUUGUGAAAAAAUAUUAAAAACAAAACAAAAGAAUAAGAAAACAAGUCAAACCAAAAAAAAAAAAAAAAAAAAAUCAGCACAAUAAUAUUUUGAGAAAAUUUUGUUACAAAAAAUUUCCCCAAGAAAUUAAUUCAUAAAACCGUCAACAUGCAAAGGAUAAAGGCUGCUAUAAACAAUCGCUUACAGUUGGAUAGUAAGUGGCAACAGCUAAAGGAGUUACCCAAAAGUCCAGCAUUCCAGGGGACUGCAGCUGUACUGGUCGCCGUGGGAUUAUUAACAUGGUUACACAUUCGUCCCUUGGGUCUAUUCUUUUUGUUUAUUUUCGGUUUUUGGUUCUAUAAAACCCGCCUGAAUAUACGCAUACAAACCCCGCCCGAAUUGAAAAAGCAUUUACAACAGAUCGAACAACGUCUAUUGGAGUGGCGUCAGAAUAGACCAGUCAUGUUCAGUGCUGUGGCAAGCGGUGCUCUGGGAGCCUUGGCCGUUGUUGGUCAUUUGGUGACAGGUUCAAUGGCGGUGCUGGCUGGACUUGUGGUUGCCGUUGUCAUAUCGAGCAAAUAUAAUUUCAAAAUCAUGAAAAUCGAACCAAGUGAACUCACAGAUUGGACCGAGAAAGUAUAUCCGGAAACCGAAAUGGAUGAUGAAUUUAUGCCCGAAGUCAAUGAGACCAAUUUGUUUCUUUUGGAAAGAGCCAGCGAUCUGGCCUCGCUCACCUCACCCACAGAGGAUUUGGAGAAUGAUGAAGACAAAAGCGAUGAAGUACCCUCAGAAUUGUUAAUACCCGAUUCCAUACCCGAAAUAGAUGAAAACUCCACAGACGAAGAACAAGAUGAUUUAAUGCCCAUCAUAAAGUCAUCUCAGUUGAGAGAAGAAACACCGGUGCCAAGCUCCUCCACAACAGCCACCACAGUUAAAUAUUCCCAAUCGGGUGAUGCUAUUGAAUUUAAAAAAGGUCACUUUAAACGUGACUCUUCACUGUCGACCACAUCCUCCUCGUCGGAGGAAUCACUGUCAAAGGGACUGCAGUUUCCCGAUCACACAACGGUGGUGGAUAGUGCCCGAAAAUCACAAUCUACGGCCGCCGCCACCGCUGGCCACAAUCAAGAGGUCAACGAUGUUGUGGCGUUGGCCGUUAAAGCACAAACACAAGCUUUAUUCAGUAAUGGUUCGAAACUAAUACCCACAAUUGUAUCGGGUUUGGUGCAAAAUGUUUUGGGUACCAGCGGUACGGCGGGCGGUCCAAUGAUUAUACCACCCAAAAGAGUGCUAUCCACCAAUCUAGAGUCAUCGGAUGAAAGUGAUUUUGAAAUUCUAGAAGAUGAAGAUUUUCAAUAAGCAAUUUUGAACUGCAAACAACAAAUAUCCCCCAAAACACACACACACAUACAUAUUUUCAAAACAUAUUUAGGACAUUUAUUAAAACAACAACAACAAAUAAGAAAAAAUGAUGAUAAGCUAAACGAAAAAAAAAGAUUUGUGAGUUAUAAGGCGAUGCUACAGUUAUUGAAAAAGAUACUUUAAAUUGGAAACAAUCCAUACAGUCGAUGGUAGGAGGAAGAAUGUAAAA